UCAUUACAUUCUCAUUCAUAUCCCUGUAAGUAACAUCGAAUAACUAUAAGAGAAAACACCUCUUGAGUUUUAUAGACGCCCAUCAGAACCAGACGCGCUUACAUUACCACUCUCUAGGUCAAAUGAAAGUUUGAAGGAGUAAGCGAACUUAACAUUUAAAUCUUUAAAGUAAAGGAAGAUACAUUGUUCUCUCGGGCGCAUAAUGGCGAACUCUACUGUCACAUCAAAAGAACCACCAACCGAUAUUUCUGAUGAUUUACUUCAGACACCUUGGCAGGAAAUGGAUGACUUUGACUGGAGCGAAAAGUCCUUGGAUAGUCUUCUGACGGAAAUAGAGAAAUACACGCCCUUGGCAGAAAUUGGAAAUCAUUCAAAUAUUCCACACGUCAAUAUUUUACUAUUAGGGCGUAUUUCAUCGGGAAAAUCCAGUUUCUUCAAUACCGUGGACUCUGUGUUCAAAGGGAGGUUAUCGCUUAGGUCACGUGCCGGAUGUGCAAGUUCUAGCUUAACAAAAUCAAUUGAUAUUUACAAAGUAAAGGGGAGAAAAAACACUGGCACCCUAAACUUUAGAAUGGUUGAUUGUCGUGGUUUAGAAGAGGACCAGAGUGUGAACUCUCGCGAUGUCGAGGCAAUUCUGGAUGGUCACGUGAUGGAUGGAUAUGUGUUUAAUCAAAGUACACCGAUUACAAAAGAUAAUCCAAAGUUCAGAAAAAAUCCCACCUUUGUUGAUCGUAUCCACUGUGUCAUCUUUGUGGUUGAUGGUUCAAAUCCACCUGAAAUAACAAUGUCUCAGAACGUUGAAAAACAAGUGAAAGAACUCCAAGAAAUGAUGAAUAGAAGAAAAAUUCCGCAGUUGAUCCUGCUUACCAAAGUUGAUACGAUGGCAACUGCAAAGGAAGAACUAUCUAAAGUAUUUCACAGCAAAAGCGUCUUGGAGAUGAGGGACAAAGUCGCCAUGUCGUUUGGGUUGCCUGCCUAUACCGUUCUUCCGAUGCAAAAUCUCGCAAACUCUCGAACUGUCUCGAAAGAGGUUAAGAUACUGACAUUGUACAAUCUGCGUCAGGUACUCCGAGCUGCAGACGAUUUUCUGGAAAAUCACGAAGAAGAGAUAUCGGGAGAUAAAUAUAUGGGAGCUCAGACUGAAUCUUACUGAUUUAAAAUUUCCCAGACAAUUUUUUUCAUUGUGAUAAUAACAUUAUUUUUGAAUGUUUAACUAAAAAAAAAAAUUAUGGAUUUGAAAGCUAAUAUUAUGGAAGCGUAUUAGUGCCACGCAAUAUUUUUUUAAGUUGGUAAUUCCAACUUUAAAGUUGGAAAUUCCAAUUUUCUCCUUGGCUUUUACAACUUUAAAGUUGGUAAUUCCAAUUUGCGUGGCACUUAUAUGCUUCCGUAUAAUUGGGUAUGCAUAUGUGUUUCAUCUUUGUUUUGAUCAGAAGGACUGAUGAUACGAACUCACUUAAAUUUAAAAAAAAUUUUGAAAGGGAAAAUGAAAAUUUUUUUCUGCAUAGAUUUUAAUAUUUUAUUCGAAAUUUCACGAUAAAGAGGUUUAUAGUAAAACACUGAUGUCCCCGCACGCAGCUUGUGGCGAGGGUUGAAGUUUCUCAAAUGCAAGUCAAAUUUCAAGGUCAAAAAAGUCAAAAUUGUUGGUAUCCAAAGGAAGGUCUUGUCAUAAGGAAUAAACCUGUGAAAUAUGAAAGCCCUUGAGCAACUGUUCGAAAGUUAUGGACAAAUAUAAUUAUUUUAAGAAGUGGGUCAAACUCUAAGAUCAAGGUCAAAAGGUCAAAAUAUUUAUACCCAUAGAAAAGUCUUGUCACAAUGAAUACGCAUGUGAUGUACGAAAGCAAUAGCACAAACUGUUCAAAACUUUUUAAAUCUAUGUUAAAUUUUGUUGUUGUUUUUUUUUUUUAAGUGGAUCAAACUUUAAGGUCAAGAGGUCAUAUUUGUUGGUAUCCCAAAGAAGAGUCUUGUCACAAGGAAUACACCUGUGAAAUGAAAUAUAAAAAUCGUAUCUCCAUCCACUCAAAAGUUAUGGGCUAUGUUAAAGCUGACAACAGACAGACAGGACAAAACAUGCAAUAUAUCCCCGAGAUCUUGCGAUCCGGGGUAUAAAAAAUGUGUAUAGAUUUAAAAGAAUAGUUGCAUAAAAGUAGAAUUUUAAACAUCAGAAAGUUUACAAUUUCUUAAUGAUUUAGAAUUUUAAUAUUUGCAUCAUUUACUCUCUAUAUGAAAGUUUUUAAAACUCUUUUGCAGGGUUUGAACAGAAAUUAUUACAUUCAGAUGAAAUGCUCCUUUUUUCUAAUUCUUUUUUUCUUGUAAUUCCUUUUUCAACGUGAUACUGAUGUUUAUAUACAGUCUUGAAUUAUAUAUAUAUUCGUAAUAUUUGUAUUUACAUUUUUUAUUCAUUUAUUUUCAGUUGUCAAAUUUUAUGUCAGAAAAGAACAGUAAAUAUUUUUAAAGAAUGAUUCAAUGUCUUAAUCUAAUAUUGAGGGAUAACUUGGAGGGGGUAAUAUUUUUUUAUUAUUGUUUAAUUCUGCGUCUUUCUUUCCUCUUCUAAAUAAUUUUCACUAUCUUCUGUUUCAUGCUCAAUUAUUUCCAAAGAUCCCCAGUUCAAUUUAGUUAAUAUUUUAAGAUAUCUAUCGUGUUUUUAUGAAUAAGAAAUCAUUGUGUGUUUUUCAACACAUUGUUAGGUCCAGGAAAUUAAAAAAAGCGAGCCAAGUAAUUUAAGUCAUCGAAGAGGGGAAGAAAGACGUAAAUUGUUCAAAAUCUUGCUUACUUAUUGGUAUUCAUGAGAAAUCGAGAAAACUAAAUGAGAAAUAGGAAUGCAAUUUGGAUAACAACCCAGUUAAGACUGAGCAAUGGGCCCUCUGGUUUUUCUCGCUAUUAUAUAAAUCAUCCAUGUUCAGUAGACCUGUGUAAUUUUCUUAGGACUCGUUAGGAGCCAAUCAAGACAAUUACCUCCAAAUAUUCUCUUUCAUAUAGAAUGUAUUGGCCUCCGUCUUGUAGAAGUCAAGAAAAUAAUUUAAGAAAUUUUCUUGACAAAUUGUGCGACAAUUGCAUGUAAUUUUUGGAUGAAUGUGUUUAAUUCUUUUAUCUAAGAAAGUACAUUCUUCUUAAUGAUUGAUUCAUAAUUUGUAUCACUUUUUAAAAAUGAAAUUGCAUAUUAAAGGAGUUUUAAUGUAUAAAAUUAUCAAUUUAAAAAAUAAAUAUUAAGCUAAUAUUAACUAUAAUUUUUCACUUAUCCUUCUUGUUUUAGAUUACAGCGAUGCUGUCUCGAAUUAUUGAUUAAAUAAUCAACGAAGCUACUGAAGGAGACAGUAUCUUCUACGGCUUAAGUUAUAUUGUACAUCCUCUAGCUUAAAACUUUAAACUACAAAAAGAGUUAAUUUGGGAUAAAAUCAAAUACAAAGUAAAUUGCCAACAUGGAUAUUAUGAUAUGAUCGUAUACGGAAGUAUCGACAAAGAUCUUAAAGAACUAUCGGUAUAUUAUACUACCUCCGAUAAUAUAAUUCUUUGAGAUUUUUUCUGUAUGAAGACAAAAUAAUCAUUUACAGAAUCUUGGAAUUAAAAUAUUUACACUUGUACAUUGCUUGUCAUUAAAUUGGAAAGAAUGCAAAUAAAGUUAACAGCGGAUUUGA